AUGUCGUUUCACUCAGCGUCUCCGGAUGGGGCGAAUGCGUCCCCCUCUGCCAGUGAUAAUUCUCCGAAUGCCCUCCCCCUCCCCGCCACCGUCCCCCGCCCUGCUCCAGAUGCCAGCUCCCGGAGCUGUGUCACUUGUCGCCGUCGCAAAGUCCGCUGUAACAAGCGAUCGCCUUGCUCCAACUGCCUAAAGGCAGGCACCGACUGCAUCUUUCCCCCACCGGGCCGUGCCCCUCGCAAGUCCAAACGCCCGCCCGAUGCGGAGCUCCUUAACCGCCUUCGUCGCCUGGAGGGCGUCAUCGAGCAUUUGAGUGGGAAGAACGCUGAGGCAGGCUCGACUACUGUCUCGCCGACUCAGCCUACAUCUUCGGGUGCAACGUCUGCUUUCUCCGGCACGGCGACUGCGACCGCGACCGCGACCGCGGCCACGACCACGAUAACUACACCGCCAGCUCCAGGCCCUGCGCAGGUCAAACAUCCGAACGGCGGUUGCCCGUUCGAGAAUGACCCCAAGAAGCUGGAUACUGGAAAGUUUGGAAAUGAGUUCGGAAGACUGGUCAUUGAUGAAGGGAGGAGUCGAUAUGUUAGCAAUCGGCUCUGGGCCAGUCUGGGAGAUGAGAUCGAAGAACUCCAGGAUAUACUAGAUCAUUCUUCAUCCGAGGAGGAGGAUUAUCCAUCUCCAGAGUCCUCUCAUUCUGGCUCUCACGAUGGAUUUCUCUUCGGCUUUUACUCCUUGUCGCACUCUCUUCGAGAAUACCAUCCGCCGUUUCCCAAGGUUUCCAUCUUCUGGGACAUUUAUAAGGAAAACGUUGCUCCCUUGAUCACAAUUAUCCAUAAGCCAAGCGCAAGGAAACUGCUGGUCGAAGCGGCGCAAAAUCCAGAUUCCCUGGAUAAGAAUUCAGAGGCCCUCGUAUUUUCGAUCUAUUUGUCUGCUAUCGUCACCCUGAGUCCAAGCGAAUGCAUCGCACGACUCGGAGAAGAGCGCAACCUUGCCGUCAGACGGUAUCGAUUUGCCGUGGAGCAAGCAUUGGCAAAAGCCAACCUCCUAAACACCCAAAGUUUGACACUCCUGCAAGCGGCGGUACUCUUCCUGAUCUGCGUGCGCAGGGAGGAUGAUUCCAAGUUCGUUUGGUCUAUGAACUCCAUCAUCCUUCGCCUCGCUCAGGGUUUGGGCUUGCACCGCGAUGGCACGAACUUCGCUCUCAAGCCGUUCGAGACGGAAAUGCGCCGACGGCUAUGGUGGCAUAUUUGCCUCAUGGAUAUUCGCUCAUCAGAAGACCACGGGACCGAUCCGCUCAUCCACGACAGCAUGUAUGAUACUCGUCUCCCACUAAAUGUCAACGACGACGACAUUUAUCCAGAGAUGACGGAGACUCCCACGGAGCGAGAGGGAUGCACAGACGUGACGUUCUGUCUCGUUCGCUGCGAGAUCACCUGCGCCUUGCGUCGAGUUGACUACUCCUGCCCGGGCAGCCGAGCGUUUAAAAUGGGUGGCGCCGGGCCGUCUAUUGAGCUGUGUGAGAAAAUGAUACAGAUCAUCAGCAGCCGCGUCGAGGAACGAUACAUCAAGCACUGCGACAUGAAUAUACCCAUUCACUGGGCAUCUGCGACAGUGGCUCGGCUCAUUCUCGCAAAGCUCUGGCUGAUUGUUCACCACCCGAUGACUAGGAAAGACCGUGUCACCAAUGUGUCCCAGGCAACUCGCGAGAGCUUAUUCCUCACCGCAAUUGAAGUCCUCGAGUUUGGUCGUCUACUCGAAGCCGACCCCAAGACGGCCAAAUGGGGAUGGUUGUUCCGGACCAAUAUGCAGUGGCAUGGAGUCGCGUUUGUUCUGUCGGAAGUUUGCGUCCGUCCAAUCUGUCCUGUCACCGAUCGGGCAUGGAACGCCAUCAACUCGCUUUAUUCGGACUGGACGCGUCAGGUCACUCACAAGAAAGGCAUGCUCUGGCGACCACUGGCCGCAUUGAUGAAACGAGCUGCGGCGACGCGAGCCAAGCAACAGGAAGAACUGCGAUCGAAGUUCGGACCGAAAUCCAUACCAUACAAGUCUACCGCCGCGGACUUUGCCGUUAACCAUCUUCCCACACUUCCCCAAAUCCAUAUGCCGAUUACAUCGCCCUCUUCAUCUAAUCUUCAAAACGGCCAGACCGCCCCCUUGGAUCCGAUGAGCAUCGACCUGACCAGUGGACCAUGGGAUACCUUGCAGAACAUCUUCCCUGACACGAACUUCCUAGCUCCAGUCACUCUGGACAAUCCUCCGCCCCAAGACGCAGUCUCUGCAGUCAGCCUCCCGACUGGACUAUUUAACCCCCCAAUGACCAACCCCUUCAUGACGCAGGAAAAUCUCUCCGAAGCACCCCCUCUUAGCUGGGAAGAAUGGGACCAAGUCAUGCGGGAUUUCCAAAUGGAUGUUGAAAGAGAAGAUGAGACCGUUCCCGCGAAGGGGACCCACGUUACAGAAUGGUUUGCUUGA